AUGGCAGAUACUCAGAACGGUUACCGGGCAUGGCCGACGAACCCGCCAACGUACCACGCGGCCAACUCGGAUGAAGUCCAGCGUGUCACUGCCAACAAAAACUGGAAUGACUCUCUGGGUGACUGUUGCUCUCCGGGCUCUUUGUGCCUCACCACCUGCUUCCUCCCGUGUCCCACCUUUGGCAAAACCCAAGGUCGAAUUCAGAACCCAAAGCUCGACAACUACAAUUCCUGCAAUGGAGAGUGCGCCAUCUUCACACUUCUGGCCGUCACCUGGACACAUUGGAUGCUACAAUAUGGCAUUGAGGGCUCUUGCUGUGGGUAUUGCUGGGUGACGUUCUGGUGUGGGUGCUGUGCACUGACCCAGGAGGAAAAGGAGGUUGAGUUACGGACCAGGCCGGAGUUGGCGGGUGAUCAGAUGGCACCACAGAUGGCGUACCCUAAGUAG